UCGGACAAAGGCGUGCUGCGUGGACUGUUGCAGCGGACGUGUGUGGUUUUUUAUGUUUGUACUCGAAGUCGGAGCAGCAGGCAGCUCGUGCAGCGCGUCGUUCUUCUCUCCUCUCCUCUCGCUCGGGCCCACGAGUCGUUGGCGGUCGGGUCGCGUUUCCGUCGUGUGCGCUGGCUGCUACGGCCGCCGUAUCACCUCAGCUCAGCCGCCGGGCACGACGGCAGGAGGAGGAGAGCCGGCAGAUAUGAGCGGUCCGGAGGUGGCAAAGACGCCUGGGGGUGGUGGCACUCCUGGCAAGGAGGGCAAGGAGCCAGUGGCCAAUGGGCAUGGAGAGGGCGAGGCCAACCCCUUUGCUGAGUACAUGUGGAUGGAGAAUGAAGAGGAGUAUAACCGGCAGGUGGAGGAGGAGUUGCUGGAGCAGGAGUUCUUGGAGCGCUGUUUUCAAGAGAUGCUUGACGAAGAGGACCAGGAUUGGUUCAUUCCAUCGCGGGACCUUCCUGCAGGAGUGGGGCAAAUCCAGCAGCAGCUCAACGGGCUGUCGGUCAGUGACGCCAGCACAGAGGACAUCGUGCGCAAGAGCAGCUUGAACCCUGAAGCAAAGGAGUUUGUGCCAGGGGUAAAAUACUAGCUUCUUCGUCCAGCACCACCAGUGGGCGCCCAAACAGACUCUGGUGACCGCGGCAAUGCCAGUCACAUCCGCACAUGCUCAAACGGGGCGCCCAGAAGACGCAGCGAGGGAAAACUCUUCUAUAAGCUUUUUAUUUCCGUUCGUUUCAGUGUCUGGGGGGGGUGGUGUGUGUGUGUGUGUGUGUGUGUGUGUGUGGAGGUGCUGCAGCGACCCCUCCAGGACACAAGUUACACAGUAUAAUACGCAGCUUUCCUUUACCACAGAUCAUGUAUGUUUUUGACAUCAGCUUUUACUUGACCAGGUUUAAAUUUUUUUCCCUUUUUUUUUUUUUUUUUUCUGUUUUUUGUUUUUCCCCCCCCUGCCUUUUUUGUUUAGGGAGGGAUGGGGAAAUUGAGGGGGGAGGGGAGCAGCUAGUCCAGUAUUAAGUGACAGGUGGAAGUACUGGUCAUGAGACAAGUGGGUCAGGUGGUGAACCUUGUGACCUGGGUCAACAAUAGGAGAGCCUAUUGAUACAAAAUCAUUUUUGAUUCAAGUUGAAAUCCUGACGCAAAGUACGAAUUUAAUUAAAAAAAAUUUAAAAAAA